UAAAACUUAAAUUAUUGAAAACAAAUAAAAGCUCUUCGAAUUCAAAGAGCUUGGCUGGUAAUACCAUGGAGAUUACUUCCAUAACACUUUCUCUUUCAAGAACCCCAGCAGCAGCAACUUCACUUCCCUUUUCUUCUUCCCAAUCCAAUUUCAUCACCACCAAUAACACCAUUUCUUUGUUGAGCAGAGCAAAAUCACAGACCAAAUCUGUUUCCUUUGUCGUUGGUCGACCAAUGAGGAAGACAACAGCUGAGCCUGCUAAAAAGGGUCUCACUUGCAAUGCUUUGUUUGGUCUUGGUGUGCCGGAACUUGUCGUUAUUGCUGGAGUGGCGGCUCUUUUGUUUGGACCGAAGCAGUUGCCUGAAGUUGGGAAGACUAUUGGGAGAACUGUCAAGAAUUUUCAACAGGCUGCAAAGGAGUUCGAAACCGAGCUGAAAAAGGAUCCUGAGUCUCUAACAGAGCAAUCCGAGGAGAAUUCCACAGCUGUUAGUGAAGAGAAGAUUCCGGAUCUUGAGGUCUCUAGCUCUAAGGAAAGUGUAUGAGUUCACAAACCAUCAUUUAGUCCAUAAAAUUCCUGAACUCGCAUGUCCGUUGUAUCGAUGAACAUUGAACAGAUAAUUUUGGAUGUAGAUUGGUCAUGUUAGUGAUUGUUUAAUUAAAUGGUUUGACAAUCUUUCAAU